CGCAUGGGUUGAAUGUUUUGUAUUUUCUGGCGGGCGAAAAACGAUCAACAAGAUGGAGUUGAUUUCUGCGCUGCAGUUUCUGCGAUUACAUGACAUUCCUGAAGCUUGGGUGGAGACAAUUUGGGAUUUGGAGUUCACAGAGAUUAAAUCAAUAGAUGACCACUUGGAUGAACAAUUGACAGCCAGUGGAGAGAAGGCCUUCGGGAACCUGUACCAGUGUUUUCUAUCAUAUGCAGACCAAGAGCAAUCUGCAGGCACUGAUGGAGCUCCCCAGAAUAUCUGGGCAGUUCUGAUUGAGAAUGGGGUGUCGAUCAAGACUUUGGUGGCCGUGCUGUCCUUCUUUGUCCUGUCGGGAAAAGCUAAAGUGGCCAAUGUGCAGCAGAGAGUGACCAGCCUGCAUGCUGCCUCAGUUUACUUGCUGAUGCUUGGAAUCCCAGGGAGCGUUGCUCAUAAGGUUCACCAUGAGGUUUUGUUCGACACAUGUUCAGACUUGAGCCGUCACUGCUGGCCUCAGGUCACAGGAAAAAAACGCAAGAAGGAUGGCCUGAAGAGUGCUCGGGCAGAAUGCAAACGCUCCAAACCACAGCGUAAAGACACUUCAGAUAUGCAAGAAGAAGAGGAGGAAGAGGAGCUUAAUUUCUCUGGGUCUGACUUGAAGAAGAUUAGAGAUGCUGUGUUUCUCCUGGUUCAAAGCCACCUUCGUCUCCUACGGACAUUUCCACUCAAAGAUAGACCACAAAGUCGCCUCAACUACACGCCGAUCUUCAUUUGGCUGCUGUACUUUGAGCCAGUCAUUGGGGAGCUAAACUUUGGUGCUGUUCAAGACAUCAACAAGCUGAGGAGUGUUCCCGAGAUGGCGUUCUAUGGCCUGCAGCGCCUUUGCUCUCCAGAACACGGAGACCAAGCAGAAUCGCUGCGGAGGGUUUUCCAUCAUCUUCUUUAUGUGAUCCUGAUGAUGAAUAAAGGCAGCGGAGGAAAGCCCUCCCUACUUGAAGUCAGCCAGGCCGUCCUCGCCACUCGUGACCAGGCCGUCCAUUUUGUUUGUCAUCUCGUAGAUGAACUAAAGGAGCUGGCUUUGCCUUUUCUGCAUAUCCUCCUGCAGCAUAUUUGUAUCCAGAUGGUGGAGAAGAGUGAGUUUCGAAGCCAUGGAGCUCAGGCUGUGGGUAUGUUGUUGUCUGAGAUGACCGGCACAGAGUACGCCCGCUUUAUCAAGUGGCUCUCUAACUGCUCCAGAUCCCGUAAGAUGGUGUGCCGGCUCUUCUCUGUGGAUGUGGUGAUGGUACUGCUGGAGCAGCCAGAGAGAAGGCCGGAGGAGUGCCAGGAUCCAGACCUUGCCCAGUUCCUGCCACACAAGUUCCUGAUCCAGAACCUGCUGUUCAGCCGUCAGAUGGACGAAUCGCCUACUGUUCAAGGCCACGCCCUCUCCUGUCUGGCCAAGUGCCUGGAGAUCCCUUCACUCAACGUCACGCGGGCUGUGCACAACCUGUUCUCUGCAACUGGAACCCAGACAGUGUUGGAGGGGGAAACCACACAUGGUACCACACAUGGAAUUUUGGCUUCCCAGCAGAAAACCUACCGCACUCUGCCCUUCAGGACUGUGGAGAUCAGCACCACUGAGAACUCUGGCUAUGAUGAGAAUAUGGCUCAUAUCCUGCUGUGCGUCAAAGACUCUAAGACGAUCGUGAGGAAAUCGGCAUUGCAGGCCUUGGUGGGUCUCCUUAAACAUGAUGUGGUCCCCUUGAGCCCUGAGAACCUGGCCAGGCUGUCGGAGCGUAGCAGAGACCCGGCUGUGUCUGUAAAGAAGAAGGCUCUGCAGAGUGUGGGAGAGUUACUUGCUGCCAAACCAGAGUGCAGUGUGGUGCAGAAAGCAUGGCUGCAGGGUGUGGUGCCAUCGGUGUUGGACUCAGAGAACACCGUGCAGGACAAGGCCCUGGAGGCUCUUGAUGAGGUGCUGCUCCGUCCGAUAAAGCGGUACACUGUCGGCUGCCACCUGGAUACCAGUGAGAGGCUAACCUGGGACUUGCUGGACCUGCUCUGUCAUGACUUUCAGAAUCUCAGCCACUAUUUCAGCAGAGCUUUCCCCAUCUGGUCCAGACAGAACAUGUUUACUGCAGCAUUCAUGACAAAUCUCAUCUCACACACUGAGGCAGAUCAUGCUGCUGGUGCCUGGCUGCUGCUCUCCAAGUCUAUUCGUUUCUCUCCCAUACUGCCCUACAGCAAGAUCCUGGAUGCCUGGUACAGGAUGAUCAGUUCAAAGGAUGCAGAUGUGGCAACCAGCUGUCACAUCCUCUGUGUGAUGGGAGAUAUUGCUGUACACUUGGAUGAACUGACCAAAAACAGGAUAGUUAGUGAUCUCAUGGCUUGGCUUAAGACUUUUAACUUGUCUAUUGAGACAAUUACUGCUGCUCUGGAGACUCUUCAACGACUUGGCAGCAGCGAAAGCAUCAAAAACACUCAGGCAUUCCUGAAUCAGCAUGGUGGUGAGCUGGUGUCAGUGUGUGAGGCUCAUUUAGCUGCCAUCCUCCUAAAUGAAAAGGGGGCUGAGAACCUAAAUGAGGAAUUAAUGAUAAAACACCUGCACACACUGGGCGUGUUGUCACUCCUCUGUCCUGCCAAGUUUAAUAAAAGGAUAGUGCUGCUUGUGGAGUCUGUCCUUACAGCACGUUCUGACAAACCUGCAGAAUGCCAGGUGGAAUUGCCAGCCUCGCAGCCAUUGUCCCAAUUCAGAGCAAACUCUCUGCCCACUCGAGUCAGAGCUCAUGGAGUCAUCACUUUAGGUAAACUGUGUCUCCAACAUGAGGAACUAGUCCCAAAAUACCUGCCAGUGUUUGCCAGGGAGCUGGAGGUUGGCACGGAGGUGGCUGUGCGCAACAAUGUAGUUGUGGCUAUGUGUGAUCUGUGUGUUCGAUAUACCGCUAUCGUGGAUCAGUACAUUCCCAACAUCUCUGCCUGUUUGCUGGACACUGACGCUGCCAUCAGGGAGCAGGCUCUCAUCAUGCUGACCAACCUGCUGCAGGAGGAAUUUGUGAAAUGGAAAGGCUCCCUCUUCUUUUGCUUCAUGUUGGCACUCAUUGACCCAGUCCCUGCCAUUGCAAGUUUGUGUAGAUACUGCCUGGUCCAUCAGCUGCUGAAGAAGAACCCAGACUUGUUCAGCCAGCACUUCAUCGAGUGCAUUUUCCACUUCAACUCCUACACCAAACACAAGUCUUACAACACCUUCCCUCAGAGUGAGAGUGACAAGGUCAGAUUGUCCCUGAAAGGAGUUGAAAACCGGGACAAGCGUUUUCAGAUCUACCGAUUCCUGUUGGAGAACUGCAAUGAUGUCCAGCGCUUCAACAUCACUAACAAAAUAAACCAAGCCAUCUUAGCAAGCUUUGCAGAUGAAGAGCUGCCUCUGGACGCAGGUGGUGCUGAAAUCCUUUCUGAGGCCUUCAACAUAUUGAGCUUAAAAGAGCUUAAACUUCAGACCGUAGGAGGAGUAACAGCAGGGGAGGAAGCAGAGGAAGAGAACUUGGCCACAAUGGCUAAAGUUGCCCUGCAGGCUGCUCAGAAGAAGACCGCGUCCCAGAUCCAUAAGAAGGUCUUCAUCGAGCACACGGUGCCUCUUAUCAUCAGCCUGAAGAGUUUGCUAGAAGAAAAACGCUCUCCUGCCCUCAGAGACCUCAUGGCCUUCCUCCAGGUGACGAUGCAGGACAACCCUAAUAAGAUGAAAGAGCUUUUCUCUGGUGAUGAACAGCUGCUCGCUGAGGUGGAGUUUUCUCUGAAGACGGCUGAGAAGGAGAGAGUGAUGAGUGAGAUGGAUGAUCAGUUUGAAAACUUUACCCGGACUGGAGAUGCUAACACUCCCACUGCACAGGACUCUCCACAGAGGUCCAGGCUCAUUCUCCCUGUUAGAUUUGCCACUCCACAGCCGACACGACCAUAUCAGCUGUCUGAACAACUAUCACAAACUGAUGGCAGGUGUAUGAACAGACCCACACGGGACAAACGUAUCAGGACAAAUUCUGACACUUUGAAAGGAACAGUGUUGGAGAAAAGGGCUGUGGGUGAUCGAGCUAUCAGCACACCAAAAGUUGGAACCCUCAACUUAACGUUCGAUGAAGGAUUCAGUGCCAUUUUCAGUGACCGAGGAACAAGUCUCGGGGGAGAGACCAGUGUUGAUCAUGUGCAGCCACAAGAGCAGCAAGCUCCUCAGCUGAGACAGUGGGAUGUGCAGUCCCCACUCAGGCAGAAGAAAAGAAAUCCCAAGUUUGGCAAAUGAUCUCAUGGAAGAAUAUGUUUGUGGUUUUGUUUUGAACACAAACUCGACACAACAUUUCCAAUGUAACCACAAAACUGCAGGUGCCCUGUAAGUUGACUGAUCUGCUCAAAACUUCAUAUGUGAGACCAGGGCCCUGAACAUGUCUGCAUCCAUAACCAGCACAGAGGACAACGUGUCAGUUUGUACUAAAUGCAUCUAAGUGCAUUCGAAAGUGUGUGACCAUGGCAACCAUCGGAAGUCCCCGAGUUGCUUUCAUGACUGCGAGUGCCAGUCAUGAAGUUUUAGUUUCUGUUUAUCUCUUCACCAGUUUCCAGUUCUGAAGCGUGGUUGGGAACCUCUGGUACCGCGCCAUGAACCAAAUAUUAGCAUGCCAAAAUAGACCAUUUGUAAUAUUGUGAUAUUAAUGUAUGAAAUAAGAUGAUUCAAAAUAAAUAUCUGAUUGUUUUCUAUGAACUCCA